UCUUAGAGCCAGGAAAAACUUUAGAGGAUGGUUUGAAGUUGUUGUUCGACGACAAUAGUGUGCUUGAGUUGUCAAACCAUUUAAAUAAAUUUGGUGAAAUUUCUAUUUGUGUUGACCACAUCGGUGAUGGAAAUUAGAAAUCUAGUGACAUUCCUUUACCUAUAGCUUUCUUUAAGUCGGUUGACAAGUCGUCUGAUGAAGAUGGUAAGGAGGGUAUUAAGGAGAAUGUAGAAGAUGAUCUCGAUAUAGAUGGAAUAAAUUGGUCUAGUGAUGAGGGGGACGAUGAGUUAACUCUUACUCAACUAAAAGAUUUGAAGAGGUUCGACACAGAGGAUGUAGGUGGUUUAGGCUUGGAAAAGGGGGUGCUAAGGAUGUGGGUGCAGGCCUAUCUGAACCACAUGGUGUGGACCAUUGUGGUGCAAGGUCAUCCGGAACACAUGGUAUGACUGAUAAUUAUGCAGUACAAUCCAGAGCUGGUGGUGAUGACCAAGAUGUUGUACACAGUUUUGGUGAUGAUGGACCCAAGAGUGAUUACAUUGUUCGGAUGAUCCAGGUAGUUAUGUAACCACAUCUGAUGGAUUGGAUGCUGAAGAUGCCCAAAGGGUACCUUCGGGGGGAUUGUCUUACAAUCCUGGUGUUGGCGAUCAAGGGUUUUUUCUUGGCCAGUUAUUCAGAGAUGCUGCACAGUUUAAGAUGGCUCUUAAUGACCAUUCUUUGAAAAAUCAAUUUUCAUAUUGCUACAAAAAGACUGAAAAAGUUCUGGUGAGAGCAAAAUGUGCCACAAAUGGUUGUCAGUGGGGGAUAUUAGUCUCUCAGCAUGGCAACGACAAUUCAUUUAGGGUUAAGACAUAUUUCUCUAAACAUUCCUGCUUGCCUACCACUCACAAGAAACGAGUGACAUCCAAUGUGAGGCCACAAAAGGGGAGGGGGAGAAAAGGCUUAGAGGGUCCAAAGAAGGUGAAAAUGUCCAGGGUUGGAAGAAUAAUGAAGUGUAGCAUUUGCCACAAAGAAGGCCACAGCAGAACCAAAUGCCCCAUGAUGCCAGAUGCACAAUCAUCAAAUCACGUAAACUUGAAGAAUGUUUCAAAUAAAAGGAAGGCUUCUACAUCAACUGCUCCUACAACCACAUCUACAAAUGAUGAUCAAUCUUCUUCUGAAAGGAUGGUAAACGCGAAAAAAGCUCGGCCUCAAAGCGCUUCGGGAUUGAAUGCAAGUAUGAUUUCCAACACUUCUCUCCAACUUUAUUCCUUCAUUUUUGUUGUGUAUAUUACUUGCAAUCAUAUAGGCAGGAGAACUUAAUCAAUUGGUUAUUUCCAUGGUUGUAAAAAUUGAACUAUUCUGUUUUCUGUUCAAUCAUUUAGAAAAAUUAAAAAUAUAAACUAAUAAUAGUUAAGAAAAAAUACAUUGCUAAUAAAACAAUCAUAAAAUUUAGGAAAUAAGUAUAUUUACUAAAAAACCAAAGAUCAACAUGAACCAAAAAG